AUGGAAACUCUGCAGCAAGACGCUGAGUGUGCUUUUUCCCUGCGUUCCCCAGCCAGAGCAGAGAACUUUGAGUGGGACUUUGGGUGCCACAUGGAAGCCUGCGAUGACAGUGUGCUGCUGAAGAACAAAGCCGACCCGCGUGUGGACCAAGGAGUGCUGAGAAAGGACUUGAGGCUAGUGGUACCUGUUGUAACCGAAAUAAAUUUGAAGAGAGGACAGGAAAAUAUGGUGCCAGGGAAAGAAGAUCCAAUGAAGAAGAAGAAGAAAAAGAAAAAAGAUUAUCGACCUAAUUAUUUCCUCUCUAUUCCCAUCACCAACAAAGAGAUUACAAGAGGAAUUCAGACUCUGCAAAACACAAUAAUACAGCAAGAUAAACGACUCUCCAAAGUAAUGACCAAUUGUGGUUCCUUCCAUGUUACCCUCCUUGUGAUGCAUUUACUAAAUGAAGAGGAAGUUAACAUAAGUAUAGGUGCUCUUUUGGAGACAAAAACACUAAUAGAAGAAAUACUACAAGGAAGAGAUUUAAAUUUACCCUUUCAAGGAAUUGGUAAUUUUGGAAAUCAGGUUGGAUUUGUGAAGUUGGCAGAAGGUGAUCAUGUAGCUACACUUCUUGAGAUAGCAGAGGCAGCUAAGAGAGCAUUUCAAGAAAGAGGUAUCUUGGCAGGAGAAAACAGAAGUUUCAAGCCCCAUCUGACCUUCACGAAACUGUCAAAAUCACCAGAGCUCAGAAGAAAGGGAGUGAACAGAAUAGACCCUGAACUCUAUGAAAAAUUUGCAGACCACAAAUUUGGAGAAGAAUCAUUGUACCGAAUAGACCUUUGUUCCAUGCUGAAGAAAAAGCAAAACAAUGGCUACUACCACUGUGAAUCUUCCAUUGUGAUUGGCAAGAAACCUGCCAUAAUCAUGGACUUAAUUAAGGAAGCUUUGCUUGGAGAAAGGCUGGGUGUGUUGUCCAAAGUCAAACAGAUAAAGGACCUUUUAUCAAAACCUGAGAUCCAGGCUCAAAUCAAGAGUUAUUUGAAGUAA